CUAAUCAAGCCAGUUUAGCCUUCCGCUUCGACACCCCGCCAAGACGUGGGGCGCGCGCCGUCGCUGGUCGUUCCUGUCUGCCCGGUCUGCCGUUCGCGAGUCGACGUCCGAGUGCGCGCGUUAACGCUUCGCCCUGCCCGAGGAUGGCCGCGAUGUUGUCCAACUGCUCGCGGUUCGCGCCCCGCGUGAUCACGCGGAGCAGGGUGUUGCGGGCCGAGGUUGCGAGAUCGUUGUGUAGUCAAGGGCGCACUGUAGUUGUCCAUGCCGAACGUGUGCCCAACGCCAAGGCUCCGUUAUGCAGAAAGUACAAGGCAAAUCAUUACUGGAUAAAUCAGGCGAGACAUAUACGUUCUACUUCGGCGCUAUGGGAGAUCAGGGAAGUUGUGGUGCCUGCGUUUGCCGAGAGCGUGAGCGAGGGCGACGUGAGGUGGGAGAAGAAGGUCGGCGACCAGGUGAAGGAAGACGAUGUCCUCUGCGAGAUCGAAACGGACAAGACUUCGGUUCCUGUACCGUCGCCCGGGCCCGGCGUCAUAAAGGAGCUCUUCGUUAAGGACGGCGACACGGUGAAGCCGGGACAGAAGUUGUGCACCAUCGACAUCGGCGCGUCCGGCGGUGCUGCAGCUGCACCCGCGGCGAAGGAACCGCAGCCCGCUGCGGCCGCGCCGGCGGCGAAGGCACCUCCACCGGCCGCGGCACCACUGCCGCCACCACCCCCAAGCGCGGCUGCUCCGCCGCCGAGACCCGCGGCAGCGCCGAUUCCGCCUCCCGCCGCUCAACCACCGCCUCCACAGCCGCCUACCGCGUCCAUGCCAGUCGCGGCUAUCAAACACGCCCAGUCGCUGGAAGGCGCGAAAGUUCAGCUACCUCCCGCCGAUUACACGCGCGAGAUAAUCGGCACUAGGACAGAACAGCGAGUGAAAAUGAAUAGGAUGCGUUUGCGUAUCGCGGAACGUUUGAAGGAUGCGCAGAACACGAACGCUAUGCUCACCACGUUCAACGAAAUUGACAUGAGUCGCAUUAUGGAAUUCCGAAAGGAAAAGCAGGAAACGUUCACGAAAAAAUACGGUAUCAAGCUCGGGUUUAUGAGCCCGUUCGUCGCGGCCAGUGCCUACGCCCUGAAAGACCAACCCGUGGUGAACGCCGUGAUAGACGGCACCGAUAUAGUGUAUAGGGAUUACGUAGAUAUUAGCGUGGCGGUCGCGACGCCGAAGGGACUCGUCGUGCCGGUACUUCGCAGCGUGGAGAACAAAAACUUUGCCGAGAUCGAGAUCGCCUUGGCCGCCAUGGGCGAGAAGGCUAGAAAAGGAAAGAUCACCGUCGAGGAUAUGGACGGCGGCACCUUUACGAUAAGUAACGGCGGCGUUUUCGGUUCGCUGCUAGGAACUCCCAUCAUCAAUCCGCCGCAGAGCGCGAUUCUCGGUAUGCACGGCGUCUUCGACAGACCGGUCGCCGUUAAGGGACAGGUUGUUAUUCGGCCAAUGAUGUACGUAGCUUUGACGUACGAUCAUCGGCUGAUCGACGGACGCGAGGCUGUGAUGUUCCUGAGGAAGAUCAAAGACGCCGUGGAGGAUCCCAGAGUUAUCUUGGCUGGCCUUUAAUAACUUUGAACACGUUUAUCGCGCGUGUUAACGAUACGCACGAUCACCGUGGAAUAAGCAAGAGCGCGACGCGAGAGUCCGGAAACUCGGCAGAGAGUCUUCCGGGAAUCUCUAAUCAUCCCUCUGAGAAACAUUUCACGAUAUCCUGUUUUAAAUACCAUCAAUCUCCAACCCGCACGUGGAACGAUGUGACAAGUGCAGUCACGAAUAACUGAUAAGCACGUGAACUAGUCCGUUAUUCUGAAUCUUUGCAGCGAGAGUAUUUUAAGGCGUAUUUAUAGCCUCGUAUUUUACAGCCUGUACAUCGCCGGACGACGUAACUUUUAUUAUUGUAUUGGAUUUUCUCAACCCGAUAAUUGAUUGCCGAAUCGAUAAUCGCGUUCUCGCGAGCGCACUCGUAUUUCUGUCGCGCCGCGCCGAUGUCGAUCGGUGUCGAAGGGCGGAGCGCAGAGAAGCGAAGCCGAGAGGGAGGGCUAGAAGGUACUUAUCCCAAGUACUUUAACAUGUAGAUCCACAAGCUAAAAUAAAAUCUCACCAAUCUAA